AUGGAGGAGUGCGCUUGCCUCUGCGGCUUGGGCUCUUCGCGGGGAUGUUGGUGUCGUCAGGAGCCCCGGGGCCCAGCUGAGACGGCAGCGGCCGAGGGCAAGCAGGCUCCGGCAGAAAAGCACCUCGAGGCGGAUGCCGCAGCGUGCUGCUGGGCGGGGAGUGGAGGAAUUGCGAGCCCCAGGCCGCCCCUGCACUGCUCGUUGCAGGACCUGCCGGUGGAGAUGCUGGUGGAGAUCUUCGCCUCGCUCCCUGGCACCGACCUGGCCAGUCUGGCCCAGGUCUGCACCAAAUUUCGCCGCAUCCUGCACAUUGACAGCAUCUGGAGACAGCGCUGCCGGGAGGAGUUUGGCGUUUGUGAAAACUUGCAGAAUCUGGAGACGGUGGGUACGUCUUACAGAGAAGUCUAUGAGAAGCUGCUCCACCCAUACAGACACAUUUUGGGAUUGUGGCAGCGAGAUGCUGAGGGUUUUAAAACACUGCUGUAUGCAGCGGUGGACGGCUUAGGCAUCACUGCGUGGACGUACAGGCCUUGUCUUCACACCCAGGUGGACGGCCCGAUGCCAUUCAAACCCGCUUUCCGAAUCUGCCUGACGGAGCGGAAAUCAGCCGCGGUGGAGUGCAUGGAAGGCCGCCACCGCAGGCCCCACGGCCGCCACCUGCAGAUUCGGAAGGACAGGCUCCAAACCUGGUGCAAGAAGACAGACCACCUGAAUGAUUUCCUAAUGCAGUUUCGGGUGGAAUGGGGGCGGAUGCUGGUGCAGGAGGACAGACAGCAGUAUGACUGCCAGACCUACCGCCGCCUCUACCUCCCGCCCAGCCACCCGGACGACCUCAUCAGGCCAGGCCUCUUCCAAUGCAGAUCCAAUCGCUAUGGCCCGAUGAUCGCCAUGCUCAGCUUCCACGGGAAGUGUGCCAGGGUCACGGAGAUCACCGGAACCUUAUUCCAGACAUUACAAAUCCACCUCAUGCGCCGCAUCGAGAUGCGAGAUGGCGAGAUCUUCUGGGACGUCGACGAGCUCUCCCGCGUGGUCCAGGAGAUUGCCGAGCAGGUGACCUGGGAGCAGCAGCAGCAGCAGCAGCAAGAAGACGGGACUGAGGAAAGCGAGGGCCAUGGCUGGCAGAGCCCUGCCCAGCCCAGCGUCAGGGAGUCCGGGGCUGCAGCUGCGGAGGAGCAGCCUGUCCCGUUUGUUCUGCCUGAGCGCGUGCGCUCAAUGGACCAGAACUACCCCCGAACCUGCAGGAUGUGUUUCUAUGGCGUGCACACUUCUACCUCACAUGGCUUCACCGAGUCCAGCACUGGAGUCGUCACCCUGUUCGAUGAGAACCGCUUCGGGUUCCUGUGUCUGCAGGAGAGAGCCUUCAGCCUGUUCGGCAGAGUCCAGAACACCUUCCGGAAUGCGGAGGCGCCAUCCCCCCAGGCCUUCCUGGAAAUGCUCUCCAGCAUUCAGUCCUGA